UCCCGGCCGGACCCUCCCUCCUCCCACCACGUGUCCUCCCCGCUCCCUCCCGAGGGGCCGCGCGCACGGGCAGCCGGGCAGGCGGAAAGGAUGGCGCCGUGACAGCCGGGCCGCAGUCCCCGCGUCCCAGAUGGAGUCCACAGCCUACCCUCUCAAUCUGACCCUGAAGGAAGAGCAAGAGGAGGAAGAAAUUCAGAGCCAGGAACUGGAGGAUGGCCCCACAGAUAUGCAGAAAGUCCGAAUCUGUUCAGAGGGUGGAUGGGUACCAGCCCUGUUUGACGAGGUGGCCAUAUAUUUUUCCGACGAGGAAUGGGAAGUUUUGACAGAGCAACAAAAGGCCCUCUACCGGGAAGUCAUGAGGAUGAAUUAUGAAACUGUCCUGUCCCUCGAAUUCCCAUUUCCUAAGCCAGACAUGAUCAGCCGGUUGGAAGAGGAGGAGGAGUCUCAUAAUUCUGAUAAGUGGCAGCUCCAAAGAGGAACCUUGGCAGAAAAUGAAGAAUCUGACCUUAAGCCCCCGGACUGGGCAAGCCCCAUGCACACUGCUUCCCAGUUUCCCCCUCCUCAACACCUCGACAGAUUCAGCCUGCGUCUGCCUCGCUGCAUCACAGAGCUGCCCGAGUGGAGUGAGGGGUACCCCUUCUACAUGGCCAUGGGCUUCCCAGGGUAUGACUUCUCGGCUGAUGACAUAGCUGGCAAGUUUCAGUUCAGCCGAGGCAUGCGCCGAAGUUAUGAUGCAGGGUUCAAGCUGAUGGUAGUGGAGUAUGCUGAGAGCACCAACAACUGCCAGGCUGCCAAGCAGUUUGGGGUAUUAGAAAAAAAUGUUCGAGACUGGCGCAAAGUGAAACCACAGCUCCAGAAUGCGCAUGCCAUGCGGCGGGCAUUCCGAGGUCCCAAGAACGGGAGGUUUGCUCUAGUGGACCAACGCGUGGCUGAGUACGUCCGGUACAUGCAGGCCAAAGGGGACCCUAUCACCAGGGAGGCCAUGCAGCUGAAAGCUCUCGAGAUUGCCCAGGAGAUGAAUAUUCCAGAGAAAGGGUUCAAGGCAAGCCUGGGUUGGUGCCGAAGGAUGAUGAGGAGGUAUGACCUGUCUCUGAGGCACAAAGUGCCUGUGCCCCAGCACCUGCCUGAAGACCUGACUGAGAAGCUUGUCACAUACCAGCGCAGUGUGCUGGCUCUGCGCCGGGCCCACGACUACGAGGUGGCACAGAUGGGGAAUGCAGACGAGACGCCAAUCUGCUUAGAGGUGCCAUCCAGGGUGACUGUGGACAACCAAGGUGAAAAGCCUGUCUUGGUCAAGACACCAGGCAGGGAGAAACUGAAGAUCACCGCGAUGCUGGGUGUCUUGGCUGAUGGGAGGAAACUACCUCCAUACAUUAUUUUGAGGGGGACAUAUAUCCCCCCAGGGAAGUUCCCCAGCGGGAUGGAGAUCCGCUGCCACCGUUAUGGGUGGAUGACUGAGGAUUUGAUGCAGGACUGGUUGGAAGUGGUGUGGAGACGGAGGACAGGAGCUGCGGGAACUGUGCCCAAGCAGCGAGGGAUGCUGAUCCUGAAUGGCUUCCGGGGUCACGCCACUGACUCGGUGAAGAGCUCCAUGGAAAACAUGAACACUGACAUGGUGAUCAUCCCCGGGGGCCUGACCUCACAGCUGCAGGUGCUGGACGUGGUGGUCUACAAACCACUCAAUGACAGCGUGCGGGCCCAAUACUCCAACUGGCUUCUGGCAGGAAACCUGGCGCUGAGCCCCACAGGGAAUGCCAAGAAGCCACCCCUGGGCCUCUUCCUGGAGUGGGUCAUGGUUGCGUGGAACAGCAUCUCAAGUGAGUCUAUUAUCCAAGGGUUCAAGAAGUGCCACAUCUCCAGCAACUUGGAGGAGGAAGAUGAUGUGCUGUGGGAAAUCGAGAGUGACCUGCCAGGAGGCGGGGAGCCACCGAAAGAAUGUGACACUGAAAGCGUGACAGAAGGCCACUGAAGGAAAGCUGAGCAGAUGGAUCUGUGUUGGAAACAGUUGGGAAGGAGAAUCCUCAAGUUUAUUCCCGAAAGUGUGGGUGUGCAGGAGCAGCAGAAAGAGCAACUGGGCUCUGAACAGCCUGGGUAUAGACGGUGGCCCGUGCAGCCAUCCAGGGACACAGUCCCUCUGCCCCUACCCUGAAAGGUGUCAGCAGUGUCUUAAGAUCCUUCAUUUGAACAGAGACAAGAUGAGAAAAGAAACUUUCUGCCCCGCUUCUUGUUUUGGAGAGUCCUUCAUCUGCCCAUCAGAAGAAACCUGUAAAUAUGAAUGAGCAAAGGUAUUUCUUGGAGAAGAGGCCAUUUGGUCAACACCAACAAGAGACUCAUGGUGUGGGCACAACUCUUGCGGUGUCCUUUCUGUGGAGAAAAACCCCAAGUACAUCUUUUAUUCUGCUUCUGAAAAUGCUCCCGGAAGUAGACCCUGUCCUGCGCAGGUCAAGACUACAAAGAAGGCUUUUUGUAGAAAAGUGUCACUUACGUACACCUGCUACUUACACGUCACCUUCAGGAAAAUCAGAUGCUAAUGAUAACAGCAAAAUUAAGACAAACUGGCCCGGCACCAACAGAUGGCUUUUCUAUAGACAAACUAGACUAGUAUGGAAGAUAUAGCUUAAAAGAAACGAUGCUGUUCUGUUUAGCAUACCAAUCUGGUUGGCAGCUAGACUUUUUUAGGGUCGUGUUUAAUGGCCCUCUUUUUUCACUAUAUUUAAUGAUCAAGCAGCCCGUAGUCCACAAGCCCUUCUGUUUCUCAGGCUGCCUAUAGAAGUCACUAUGAAUUAUCUGCUGUCUGCGUGGUACACAGCCCACUGACUCAUCUACUUGUUCUGUUAAUUUCUUUCAUAUUUUCUGUCACAGGGCAGGAGGACUUGAAUCUUUAGCCACCGCUGUUUCAAGACUUAAGAUCUUCUACCCUGCAGGAAUAAGUGGGAGGUCAUCAGAAUUUUACACAGUAGUAAUCUGCAUUCCCACAUAGGUCGAGUGUUACAAAAACAUUCCUUCCAAGCUAUCUGUGCUGCAAAAAAUUACGCCAGAACUUCAGACCAAGCCAUUGCUAGAAUGUCAUUCCAGUGUCGAGUCUGGCUCACAGGCUACCACAACCACUUUUCCUCCCAGUAGCCUCAGCUCACGUGUAUAUUAUAAACUGUCCUUGGCAUCUUGAACACCUGUUUCUACUCAGGUACUCAUUUUCCUGUUACUGAGUCACCAGUCGGAUUUUUUAAAACUAGUUUCCCACUCCCACACACACAAGUGGGGCGGAUUUGUCUUUGUAUCUGAGUAACUUCCAGUAUUUGAGUUGUUUCCCCAUUUGCCUGUUCCUGCAACUGUAUUCCUGGUCAUCCAAAAUUAGCAUCUAAUCCGUUACUUUCCAUUCCAGAAGUUUCCAUUCCCUCCACUUCUGAUUUUCCUUCUACUGCUCCAGUUCUUGGCCCCUUCUUUUGUGUCUUAUUUCUCUGCUUUGGGAGCUUAAAAGAUGUUGCAGGACUUAAUUUGGGGUUCCUGCAUGGGAGCCAGUUACAUUGCUGAGAAGAGUAGAAAAUGGGUUCAGCUCUUGUUUUAUUCUACACCUCUUGAGUCUCAACUUCUGCUGAGAGAUGAUGCCUUACAGGUUAAAUAGCACUGGAACUUUCCUAGAGUGAUGGCUCUGCUGUCAGGGUCUUCUGGGCUCGUCCUUCCAGACUUACUAUGAUCUAUGCCUAACAGAGCCCCAGUACAACUGUUGUACAGAAUGGCUAUUACCCUGGAGUACUAGAACACACUGAGCAUAGUUAUAUUCCCUAAUAGAUAGGAACUGACCUGACAAUAAACUUUGAUAAUAAAGAUAAUA